GUGUGACCUGCCCACAGACUGUCAGCUCUUGCACCCCCCCCCCACAGAUUUUAGGAAGAGUCGCCACCAUCGGGACAGCCGUCUGAUGUCUCUACCAGAGGAGUGACCCCCCGGAGAGAGCCCCCCCCCCUCCGGUGACCCCACCAUGCAGGGUGAAACCGCCACCGCCAUGAAGGCCUCCGACAGCGACGGCAAGCUGGACGCAGCCCCCAGUCCGCAUAACAACCGAGGGCCCCCCCGGGGAGUCAGCAAGGCCUGGCAGUACAGUGAUCACAUGGAGAACAUCUGCGGAUAUCUCAUGAAAUACACCAAUCUGGUGACGGGUUGGCAGUUCCGUUUUUUUGUGCUGAACAAUGAGGCCGGCCUGCUGGAGUACUUUGUCAAUGAGCAGUCUAAGAAUCAGAAGGCGAGGGGUACGGUGCAGCUGGCGGGGGCCGUCAUCUCCCCCAGCGAUGAAGACUCGCACACCUUCUCUGUGAACGCCGCCAGCGGAGAGCUCUACAAACUGAGAGCCAGCGAUGCCAAGGAGCGCCAGCACUGGGUGAGCCGGCUGCAGAUCUGUACCCAGCACCACACGGAGGCCAUCGGGAAAAAUAACCCCCCUCUGAAGUCCCGCAGCUUCUCAUUGGCCUCUCAGGGCAGCGGGAACUCUCCGGGCUCCCAGCGGCGGGCCAGUCAGAGCACCGCCUCUUUCUUCAACCAUCACCGAGCGCUGCCCGUCAACCGCAGGGCACAGAUUUUACAGCCGGACCACCUAGGAGAGGUCAGAGAGAUGAUGAGUCGGGCUGAGAGUCAGCAGAGGGACCUCAUGCGUACCAUUGAAGGUCUGCCACCUGGUGGCCAGUUGAGCGCUCUGGACCAGGACCUCCUCAUGCUGAAAGCCACUUCCAUGGCCACACUGAACUGCCUGAAUGAUUGUUUCCACAUGCUGCACCAGCAACACACGGCCUUACAAAAGAGUACACUGCCAGUGGGUGUGACUGUCAACUGGCUGGAGCCAAAAAUCCUGCUGAGCAACCACCUGGAGAAUGGAGGAGGGGAGCACGGCUUCGGAGUGGAGGAGGGGAGAGAGCAGGACUUCCUGACUGAGCCGCAGGGGGAACCCCAGCUGGACAGGGAAGUUGAAGACAUAAACUCGGAGGAUGAGUUGGAGGACUCCUGUGAGGUGGCAGAGGAUGAUUUGGGGGCGGUGGAGGAACAACGCAGUGUCAUCCUUCACCUCCUGUCUCAGCUGAAACUGGGGAUGGAUCUGACACGGGUUGUUCUUCCCACCUUUAUUCUGGAAAAGCGAUCGUUACUGGAGAUGUACGCCGACUUCCUGUCCCACCCAGACCUCUUCCUGUCCAUCGGGGCGGGUCUGACCCCGGAGGAGAGGAUGGUGAGAUUUGUGGAGUAUUACCUCACCUCCUUUCACGAAGGUCGGAAAGGCGCUCUGGCCAAGAAGCCGUAUAACCCCAUUAUUGGGGAGACCUUCCACUGCUCCUGGAAGGUCCCCAGCGAUUCUCUCCAGACCCCCAAACCUUCAGAGACGCCGGAAGUGAACUCAUCAUCUCAGGAGGAGACCGGAAGCGAGAACAAGGACUUCUAUACGGUCAGGUUUGUGGCUGAGCAGGUCUCCCACCACCCUCCCGUCUCCGGCUUCUACGCCGAGUGCCCUGAGCGCAACAUGUGCGUCAACACACACGUCUGGACCAAGAGCAAGUUCAUGGGGAUGUCCAUCGGGGUGACCAUGAUCGGAGAAGGCGUCCUCCACCUGCUGGACCAUGAUGAAGAGUACACCUUCACCCUGCCUUGUGCCUAUGCCCGCUCCAUCCUCACCGUACCCUGGGUGGAGCUGGGCGGGAAGGUGAACGUCAACUGCGCCAAGACUGGUUACUCGGCGACCAUCACCUUCCACACCAAACCGUUCUAUGGAGGCAAACUUCACAGGGUGACGGGCGAGGUGAAGCACAAUGCCACCAACACCGUGGUGUGUAAGAUUCAGGGCGAGUGGAACAGCAUCUUGGAGUUCACCUACAGCAACGGGGAGACCAAAUCUGUGGACCUGAUGAAGCUUCCGGUGACCAGGAAGAGGGUCCGACCCGUGGAGAAGCAGGGGCUGUUUGAGUCCAGGCGGCUGUGGUCGCACGUUACGGAGUCCCUGAUGGCAAAAAACAUUGAGGAAGCAACAGAACACAAGAGGGCGCUAGAGGAGCGUCAGAGAGCGGAGGAGCGACAUCGGGCGGAGACUGAGACUCCAUGGAUGACCAAAUAUUUCUCAAAAGAGGGUGACGGUUGGAUCUAUAACAAAUCGCUGUGGAAAUCCUCCGUUUCCGGCCUGUAAGGUCACGCCGAGCCCUUCUGGAUGGACAAAGUGCCCAGAGAACAAAUCCUGGUUAUGAGCUCUGCCAUUGGGCGUGCAGAAGGGGGGGGCGGUCCUCGCCGCGGAUGGGAGCGGUGUCACCCUUUAACUCUUCCUGUAUAAAUGUAUCUUAUCCUGGGACACCCAGGUCCGCGCUGACCCCCCCGUGACCCCGCCUCUCAUGCAGUAUUCAUUGUGAUUUUUAAUUUUCCCCGAGGGAAGGAUAAGAAGGCGACACCAAAGCCCGCAAGGACACUCCCCCUCCCCCCAAUUUGGCGGCUCGGCAGGAAAUGGGUUGCAGCUGCAGAUGGGAGCCGAAUGUUCCGGACGGGACGAACUGACAAUCUGCUUUUUGUUUUUGACAGUUGCAUCACGCUGGCUUACCCCUCCCCUCCCCCACACACACGGUGCCGUCGGACCCUCCAGCAGGGAAAGGGUGCGCUAUGGACACGCCGAACGCCGCUAACUUUUCCCUUUUUUAAAUUGCAAUUCUGCAAAAGUGAUUUGAUGCGAAUGGCAGAGCAUCGCGGGGGAGACCCAAUCUGAUUAACCCUUUCCCUGCCACGUCCCGGCUCACUUCCUGUCUGAUGGCGGGACCACAACGCGGAUCCUGACGGGGGUCACCUGACAGGAAGUAAAGACUGAGAUCUCAUUCUGACCGCACACAUCUCAAUCAGGUAACGUCAGAUCUCCGCUCCAGUAACGUUUUUGUAUUGCUGGCGGCGGUGACGCGCGGCGCUCGGCGCGCUCUCUCUCUCUUGUACAGGAUCUUUAAAUGUCCCAUGCGUGGUGCCUUAAUCUUUCUGAAUGCCGUCUUCCAAUCAGUGUGAAUAAACUGCGGCUGUGUCUGUUCUUACUGUGGUGAUAAAGUAACGCCGCCGCAGCCUACAGCCCCUCCCACUUAGCAUCUAAUGUGGGCGCAGGGGGCGGGGUGUCCAGCGCACAUGCUGGGAUCUGCACUGAUGAGACUUGUACCGUGUGCUGCAGGGAGAAUGGAAAAUAAAAUGUAAAUUGUCA